AUGCCACACAAACCGGUGAUUAGGGAAAAUGCCUCUACAACCAAGGUGAGAAUGGUGUUCGAUGCCAGUGCCAGACCCCAUCCAACGGCCAAUAGCGUCAAUGAAUGCAUGCACACUGGCCCCCCACUUCAACGAUUGUUAUGGGACAUAUUAAUCAGAGCCAGAAUGUCAACCUAUCUACUACUCGCAGACUUGCAGAAGGCGUUUCUGCAGGUUGGUUCGAAGGAAGAUGAUCGAGAUGCGUUUCGGUUUCUGUUUGACAUUAACGGUCAAGUAGAACAUUUAAGAUUUACUCGUGUGCCUUUCGGCGUGGAAGCCAGCCCAUUUAUGCUUGGUGCCACCCUGCAACACCACUUCAAUCUGCAGCCAGAAGAGUACCAAAACACCAUUGAGUCGUUAAAAGAGAACACUUAUGUUGAUAAUCUAAUGAAGACCGGAAGUGAUAUUGCAGAUCUUGAAGAUUUCAAAUGCGAAGCGACAGAAAUCCUAGAAGACGCGAAGUUCCCAGUCCACAAGUGGGAGUCGAAUGUCGAAGAACUUGACAACGAAUCAAAUCCCAGCAAAAUACUCGGACAUAAAUGGAAUAAGAGAAAAGAUACACUUGAGAUUCGAGCAGAACCUACAAAAAACGAAACACCAGUGACAAAGAGACAUAUUCUGAAGGAACUCAGUAGCAUAAAUGACCCUUUGGAAAUAAUAUCGCCGACCAUGGUUGAAGGGAAGCGCAUCUAUAGAGAAGCGUGUGAUGAGAAAGUCGGCUGGAAUUUCAGAAGUAUCUACCAGCACGUCCAAAGAUUGGAUAAAGUGGCGACAACAGUUAAGAAACGUAAAAAUUCCGAGAACACAGCGUGCUCGGCGGUCAGUAUAGCAGUAAUCGAACAUUCCAGUGGAAUAGUUAAAGGUCUUCUUACGUCAAAGUCCAGAAUUGCCAAGAGAAACACUUCCAUACCAAGGCUGGAAUUAGUUAGCGGUCAGAUGGCUGCCAAUAUGGCUAAGAAUUUGGUUGCCGCAUUGAGAAGAUGGCCAAUUGCAUCAGUUGCAGUGUGGAUGGACAGCCUGGUUGCUUUGUUUUGGAUUGCAAGCCCAGAAAGAUCCUGGAAAAUCUUUGUAUCAAAUCGGACGCGGAAGAUUGCUGAAAUUACGGAAGAAGUAGGCAUCAGUUGGAAGUACUGUCCAUCCGAGGAAAAUUUAGCUGAUUUAGGGAGUCGGGGAGCUUCGAUCGACAAAAUGGAAAAGGACGGUUGGUUUAAUGGUCCCGAGUGGCUAGUAAACCCAGACAAAUGGCCAAAACAACCAAAGCUCGAGAGAACAAAGACUGUCCUGGUCGAGCAAAAGCCGAUGACGGAAGUAGCUUUCAAUACGCAAGAAAAAGAUCCGGACGAAUGGGACUUGCUACUUUCUAGAUCAAGCUACUGGAAGACUAUUCGUGUUACUGCGUGGGCGUUAAGAUUUGUAAGCAAUGCAAGAGCCAGAAAACAGAAAACUAACCUAGCGAAAGGUCCACUGACGACGAACGAGCGAGAACAGUCGAAAGUGCGAUGGGUGAAGAAGGUCCAAGAAGACAUGAGUUCGGAGCUACGAGCACCUGGAUGGGAAAUCAUACGAGAAGGUGAUUCUGGUUUACUGAAAUGUAAAGGUCGAAUUCCCGGGAAUCAGCCGAUAUACUUGGAAGGAGGAGACUUUACGGACAAAUUGAUUAUGCAUACACACAAUGAGAUACGUCAUUUUGGUAUCGCGAACACGAUGGCCGCACUAAGAGAGAACUGGUGGAUUCCGAGACUGCGCUCGAAAGUUAAAAGGAUCAUUAACGAAUGCAACGUAUGUAAAGCGUACAGAGUCAAAUCAUAUGGUCGUACAGCAACUGCCGAACUACCUACGUUUCGAAUCGAAAGCGGAGGACCAUUUGAAACAACGGGUGUUGAUUUCGCGGGUCCCCUCACAUAUAAGCUUACCAAGAAAGAAGAAGGCAAGUGCUACAUCCUAAUAUUUACAUGUGCUACAUCCAGAGCCGUGCAUCUGGAGUUGACGAAGACACAAUCGGCAGAGGAAUUCAAAGUAAAGCUAAACGCCUUCAUCGCAAGAAAGAGCAGACCAAAGUUGAUUGUGUCGGACAACGGAGGAGCGUUUAAAGCGACAGCGUUAUGGAUCAGAAAGAUACGUAAAAGUGAACAACUGCAAGAUUAUUUGGCAAGACAAGAGAUUCGGUGGAGAUUCAAUCUAUCCAAGUCCCCUUGGUGGGGUGGAAUGUACGAACGCUUACUUAAUUAAGGACAUUAAAAAAAGCCCUGUAUAAAGUUCUGGGAAGAUCGACAUUAUGUUUCGACCAGUUACAAGCUAUCGUAAUUGAUAUUCAGAAAAAUGUAAACAACAGGCCACUGACGUACGUCGAAAGCGAGCAAGAACAGGAACAAGUGCUUACACCAAAUACAAUCUGUGGGGACAAAACGUGCAUACCAUUGACGAAUCAGACACGGAUGAUGGAGAAGAAGUCGUGAAGUUACACAAACGAAUGAAGCAGCAACGAGAACACGCGUGGCAAAGAUGGAAGACGGAGUACGUACAUAGUUUGAUGGAACAUCAUUGA